AUGGCCGGGCCUGUCGCCGCGCUCAGAGCGGAGGUCGGCGCGGAACACGGCCACAUGGAUCACCUCAACUGCCCGCAGGGUUUGCGGCUGAUUGUGUUGGCAGCAGCACUUGUGACGUCACAGGCCAAGGCUCAUGUCUACGAGGACCCCGCCAGCGCGGCCGUGCCGUAUGGGAGCUAUGUGUUUGCGCCGCACGUGGCUCCUUCCCCGGCGCCCCUGCUGGUCUUCGCCGCGCCACACGCGCCACACCACGCGCCACACCUCGCGCCGCAUGCGGACCCAGUCCCGGCGCCUCUGCUGGUCUUCGCCGCGCCACACGCGCCACACGCGCCACACGCGCCACAGCACGCGCCUCUCAAGGUGCUCGUCUCGCACUUCCCGCCGCUGGUGGAGGGCCUCGUGCAGCGCGUGCAGAACUACUUCUCCACGUUCACGCACGUGAACGGGCCCGAGUUCUGGCCGCAGGACGCGGCACGUCCCGCCACCACCAGCACCACCAGUAGCACCACCAGCAGCACCACUAGCACCACCAGCACCACCAGCACCACUAGCACCACCACUCCAGUGCCCCCCACCACGCCGGCCCCGCAGACGUCUCCUGGUGCCUUGUUCGGCGGGCCGGGCGACUCGGACAGCCCUCCGGGUCCCAGCUCCAGCGACCCUGAGGGCAGGUACAGAUACAACCCUCCUGCGCGGAACCCCUUCACGUACACCGCGAACUUCCAGAGGUUCACGCCGCAAGACGGAUACUUCCGCAGGUCGUAACACGCGCCACGCGACCGUUCUUCCACUCUCGGUCACUGCACCGGCAACUAUUUCAAAUAUAUUCUCAAUCUCGCAGUUUCAUGCAACCAUUUAAUGUGUCUUCUUAUUUAUAAGUGCAUUUAAAUCUGCAUACAGUCCCAAGAAGAAUCAUUACCCAAACAUUUUAUCAUAAUGUUUGGAUACCGAGCAAGAUUUGCCAAAGAUAGUAAAGAAUUUAUAUUUAAAGCAGGUUCUGGACAUUUGUUGCAUAUCAAACAAGCUUUGUUGUUAUGUGAAAGUUCUUCAGUGAAGAGGAUCUUGUGAACUUUGAAUUAAUUAACAUGAUUUGCUUUGGACACAAAUUUUACAAAACUGUACCCAAAAUUUAAACCGACUCAUAAACCUAAGUGUGAUGUUUUUAUUUGGUGUGAAAUACUUAGUUUAUGAAAGAAGAGCACUGACCAGUAAAAUUAAAUGAUAAGGUUAAAGGUAUAUGUUUAACCUCUUGAUGUGGAUCUGAUGCCAAAACCGAUGAAAUAACUUGGCCAAGAAUUUUCUUGUUUCAUCUCUACCUUUUCAAUGCUUAAAACAAAAUUAUUCAUACGAUACAAAAUUACAUUUAAAACUCAGUAUCGCAACAUUCUAAACUUAAAGUAAUAUAAUUACUUUCCUUUAGCUUGUGCCAUUAUCCUGGUUGAUUUUCGGCCUCCUUUACACAGCCUCUUUUGUCCAGAGCAAACUGCUGCCAUCUGCUUGUAGCUGAUCCAUUCAUCUUCUGUGUGAUCUUCCUGAGGGGCGAGAGUUCUUCAGUAUGCCCUCAAAAUCCUUUAUCAGCUAUAUACUCUCAUAUUUUUUUGGACAUCUCCUUACCACAUCAGUCACUUUCCACAAAUCUCCCGUGUCACUUGGCAUUGCAUACAUUUCUCAGAUUUUAGCAUUCGUACGUAUCUUCCAAUCUCCAUUAAUUUGUGAAAGACAUGUCCCGCUGAUGUAUUAGAGUACAGGUCUGAUAGCACCUACUAUUGAUGAUUUAUGGAAGGAGCUCUUUCUGCCAUUCAAAUGGAGCUAGCAGUCAGCAUCUAGUGCAUUUAUCAAAACUUUCUCCAGGACCAAAUUAUUAAACUAAGUGAUAGAAGCCCAACACUUUUCCUUAUGCCGGUCCUAACUCCAAAGAGGUUGCAACGUUUGGCUCCCUCCAAAUUGACCGUGUUUGUGGAGCUCAUCACACGCAUCUUUUUUUCAUAUAUUUGGAAUAUUGAAUUCUCCCAUAAUCUUCCAGAUAUUUCCUUGGAUGGUACUGUCGUAGGCUUAAAAUUAGUUAUGAAGACCAACAUUGUAGUAUUAUAACUUCUCUAGUUCAAAUUAAUAUUAAUAUGUCGUAUAUAUUAGAUUUAUCGAAAUACAUUAAGGGAAGGAAUGCUAGGUAUGUAUUGCACCAGUAUUUUUUCCCCCCUGAAUUGGGUUCCGAUUGUCUUAAAUGAAAAGUCACUCAGUGCAAAUAGCCAAUUAAUUUCAAACUGAGGUCUUGUUUCAGCUUUUAGUUAAAAUUAAAAGUGAGAGCCUAAUAUGGGUUCACAUAUGAUUCACAAUGGUCAAAGACAAGAUGUUCAAUUUAUUUUACUUUUAACGUUAUGUUAUUGCGAAAAAAGUUAUUUAAUUGGCAGAGGAUUUCGGAAAAUUUACUUAUAUAUUACAAAAUUCAUUUUACGAUGUAAAUUGUAUAGUGUUAAUACUACACCUCGAAUUAACAAGAUUAUCCAGCGCGUAUAGAAAAAAUUUAUGAUAUUAGCAUGUAUUAUUGUUAUUCUUUGAAUAUUAAGGUCCCUAUAGACUUUUUCUUUCGAAAUUCUUUCAGAUAUGAGAUAUGAUAUUGACGAUAACAGCUCAUGUUUGCUUGAGGUAGCCAAACACGCAUUAUCACGCAACUUGGUGAUUAUUUACUAUCUACCCAAAGUGCCUUUUCGUCUCCUUAUAUUGACUUACAACAAAAAUAACUUAAGUGAUAAAGGUUAACCAAAAUUGUAUCCAAGAAAAAUUGUAUGUUUUUAUAUUGGUUUCCAGUAAUUGUAGCAUAUGCUUGUUUUAAAGGCAUAAUCUCUUCAUGCCCUCUCCCUAAAUUUAACGUCAAUAAAUUAACAUAAGCUGUAAGGUUUAAAUUGAAACUAAACUAAAAUAGAUACAUAUGCAUUGUCUAAACACUAAUGUCCAUUUAGAUAUGUCAUUGUUGUGACACAUAUGCAAGGGUUUCGUCAUGCCAAUGGUUAUUUAUUUACCUACAUUUUGUAAAGUUUUGUAAAGUUAAUACUUGUGUGUAAAUAUACUGCUUUUAAGACAACAUUCAGUAAAAAAUUAAAACAACCACGCAUUGAACUAUAAUAAUAAUAAAUCAAGAAUUAAAGUUUAGAUGGAUAUCAUCUAAUAAAUAAAAAAAAGUCUAUAUGAUGCGUUUGAAUUAUUUCAUAUUUUUUCGCAAACAAUAUUCUAUUCGCAAAACAAAAAUAAAUAAAACAUUAUUUCAUGCCUAUUAAAAUAUAUUGAUGUUUAAUAUAUUUAUUUUUAUUUUUAUAUGUAGAUACAAUGCAUUGGUCUUUUUAUUUAUUGACCAAUAGAACAUGAAUUUCUAUGCUGUUUAUAUAUUUUUGCAAAUAUAUAUUUUUUUCUGGCAGUGAUCGAACUUAACUUAUUAGCCAACGAGACUAAUAGACUGAAAUAAAUGACUGUGUUAAUGUCCACUUUUAAAAAAUAUUUGAAAUAAUUCAAGCAAUUCAUGACUUAUAAAGCUUGCUAUAUAACCCAAUGGGAGAAAAAAUUUACAUUUGGACCGACUCUAUCUAGCAUCAUGCAGAUGAAUGGUUUUGUAUUUGCCUCAAGCUUUAAUUAUUCAGUGAUUUUUUAGCAGAUAGCUAAGUUUUAAUUACAUUCAAGCAGGAACCAAGUUUAUUAAAGACAUGUCUUAAGAGAUCGAGCGGAUAAAUACACAGAUUAAAUCUGUGGUAGAACAUUCUUCUAAAUGCCAGACUAACAAAUUCACAUAUUUCAAAACUAUUAACUGUAUAAGAAUUAAAGUUUAUAAUCAUUUAUUUUAAAAUAUAAAUAUUAAUAAUUUAAAUUAAACAUGUCGAAAGCCAUUAAAAAUUAAAACAAAUGUUCCUUUAUAUAUAAAAACCAACACAAGAACAUAUAAAUAUUUGUUCUACCGUAAGGAGGAUAUCACACUUUGUAUUAAAGUAGGUAUUAUAUCCACUGCAGGCCUACAUAACUCCCACUGCCCCGCAGACAUAACCAGGGUGGACUCAAAACCAACUCACAGGUACCGCUUCUAAUAGACGCCAUCCUCGUCUCCCACUGAUCAAAAGACACAUCUAGGUUAGACUCGAGUCCGACUCGCAGCUACCGCUUGUGAUAGACGAAAUCACUCUCAUUGCCCCACAGACACCUACAGACUAUAGUCCUUCCCUACUCAUAGCUACCACUUAUGAAAGACACCAUCUCCAUCUCCCACUGCCCCACAGACACCACCUGGCUAGUCUCCGGUCGUACUGAUAUCUACCGCUUGUGUUAAAUGCCAUAUCCGUCUUUCACUGCUUCAUAUAAACCAUCAGGCUCAAUUCAUUCCUGUUCAUAGCUACUGCUUGGGUUAUAUACCAUUUCCAUCUCCUACUGUCCCACAGACAUCUCCAGGUUGACUCCAGCCCUAAUCAUAAGUACUACUUGUGUUAGAAGCAAUAGCAUUUUCCAUAUAGCCUCCAAGACAAGAAAUAUCUAGACUCCAUCUCUAAUCAUUGAUACCACUUUUCUUAGAAGUUAUUUCUUUCUCCCAUUGACUCGCAGACACCACUUGGUUAAAUUCCAGCCCUAAUUAUAAGUACCACUUGUCUUAUAUGUCAUCUACGUCCCUCACAGCCCGAAAUGGAUUCAUAUUACCGAUAACUUAAUGACUAUUAUUGGUUUGAGUUGUAAUGGCAAGUGCCAUAUUGUUGAUGGUCAAUUACUAAGGCGACUAAACGCACCUAUGUUUGCAUGGCAGCAUGGUGGUACAAAAUACUAUGAAAUAGUAGGACCUCUUUGGUAUGAGGUAUGCCGUUUCUAGCUAAGGUAUAUAAUAUAAACCUUUUUUUAGAAUUUCUACAGUAUAAAUGCCUGUUCACACUUUUAUCACACCUUUAUAAAUCUUAUUUUAGUAUUUCCACUGGAGCUUAUCUUGACCGUCGAUAUCUCUACUUUUCGCCUCAACACACUGCUUUGCACUAAUCACACAUCCAAGAAGAAAAAAACACCAUUCUAGAUGCUUUGUUCUCCUGUGCUCCGAUGUCCCGUUAUUGGCACACAAAGAUUUUCGCUGUCUCCCCUUAUGGUUCCCCAAGGAGUCUCUCACCCUCUUCACUUUACUAGUCUCGCAGGUCAUCCUUCUUGUUUACAUACCUCUCAGCUCUGUUCUGGAAGGGUCUCGCAACCUUUUGAAGUGUCGCAUCAUAAUAAUUCUCGACUUAACACUCGAUGCAGCGAGAACAAUGGCAUCCUAGUUACACCACUUUAUGCAGACUUUGCUCUGAGAAUAAGCCGAACUCUCGAGAAAGGUAGAGAGAGAGAGAGAUGCUGCUGAUAAUCGGAUCACUGUUUAGCAGUAAUAGAUGGACGGGCACUGCCUGCAUGGCGUACAUCCAACACGCUGGCACGCAGGCUAGCUGGCCAGCCUCAUCGCUAGCAUACUCGUAACACUCCUCCCUCCUUAAACCUGUCCGUACUGAACUAGAAACACAUCUCUCCUGGAAUAUUCCCUCAAUCGGUUCAAAUGUACCACUUUAAUUCCUUCUCUCUUUCCUCUCUGGAUGCGGUAUACAACAUCAUUAAGCCAUUUCAACACUUCGUAUGGGUGUUCCCACACCGCUUGAAGUUUCGGGCAUUUGCCUUUCUUCCAUGUGGAUUUUAUAGCCACACCAAAUCACCUUCCUGAAAUCCGGUCGAGUUAGCCUUUAGGUCGUACUUUGUUAUCAUCUCGUUUCAGUACUAAUCGAAGGUUUACGCGAGCCUAAUCUUGUAUGAUUACUAUAUGCUAUUUUAGAUGAUUAGCAUAGGUGGUGGUAAUGAUUGGCUCUUUGUGAGGAUGGCUCAACUUGAUGUUACAGGGUAGCCUUAAAUCCUGUCCAAACACAACACUCAAAGGAGUCAGUCCAGUCGAGACAUGAACAGCAGCCCUAUCGGCCAUCAGGAAUAAUUGGAUGUGUUGAUUCCAAUCUUGUUUGUGGUCAGCCACAACCUUAGCAAGGGGAUCCUAUAGGGCCCUGUUGAAACUUUUCACCAUGCCAUCAGACUUAGUACUUAAGGUUGUAGUCCUGAUUUUCUUUAUCCUCAAUACCCUACACACCUCCUGGAAUAUAGUCAAUUCAAAAUUGUGGCCUUGAUCUGAGAGCAGCACCAUCGAUACCCCGAAUCUGCAGAUGAGGUUGUUGACUAGCGAGUCCACCAUGGUGGUGGCUUCCUGGUUAGGAAGAGCACAAGCCUCUGGUCAUUUAUAGAAAUAACCAAUUACCACCAGAAUAUAAUAGUUCACAUAUUAUAUCUAGGUAAAUGUCCAAGCAAUGGCAAUAGCUAUACUCUCAAAUGGGCCUUCAACAAUGUAGGACCUCAAUUUUCCAAGACUAGGGUGAGGCCCUUUACUGGCUGAACAUGUGUUACACUAUUAACACCAAACUUCUAUGGCACCUCAACCAAUAGUAUUGCUAACAAAUGGUGGUUAGAGUUUUGUAUACUCUAAAAUGACCACUUGAGGUUCCAUGAUGCUUUUCUUUCAGAACAACUGGUACUAGGCUCGUCGGGAGAAGUAGCUGCAUGGUAACCACUUUCCCACUUGGAUUAUUCCAUGCCCUUUUCAAUAACCCAUCCAUCAUCUUUAAGAAUCCCAUUUUUCAUAAUAAAAUUUCUCAGUCCGGUUACUGGAUAGCUCAUGCCUUGAUGGGUGUCAUGUAUUUCUGUCUAACUAGCCUAUAAUGGGCCCUAGGACAGGGUCUUAUCGCUGUGCCACAUUUGGGCUUACAUGUUCCCAUUUGCAUUUGCAAUCAUUGCAGUCUACAUUACAUGGUCGGUGAGAGAAGGCAUCGGCAUUGCCGUGAGAUCGAUGUUUCAUGUGUUUGAUUCAGCAAUCAUACUGCUUAAUAUGCUCAAUCCACCCAGCAAGUUGUCUCUCUGGGCUCUUUAACUGCAAAAGCCAUUUAGUGCAGAAUGGUCAGUGUGUAAUGCAAUAGUUGCUUUUGGUAUUAAAGCUGACUCGUUCGCUUCCAUCCAGAACUAGGAAAGUACACCACCUAGUACGUUUGCAUCUAUGUCAAGUAUAUACUCUCCAUCUGAUGGGGGUAAGCAAUUAUGGGGCUAGUACACAAUGCCUUGUUAAGGUUGUUAAGGGCAGUAUCACAUCCAGAAGUCCACAAAAACUGUAUCUAUUCUUCAAGCAGUCGAUGCAAUGGUAUGUAAAUAACUGUGAAUCCAGACACAAAGUCCCUAUUGUAGGUACAAAGGCCUAAGAAAUUCCUUACCUCCUGCUUAUUUUUAAGUUGAGCUCACUCCUUAACCGACUGGAUCUUCACAGGAUAUGUUUGCACUCCCACCUUAAAUAUCAUAUAACCUAGAAGUGUUACAUCAUCUUGGAAUAAAAUCACUUAUGGCUUAACUUGAAUUGUGCAUGGUGGAGCCUAUUAAAAACUUUCUAAAGAUUUUGUAGAUGCUCUUCCGCAUCAUUUCGCAUUACAAUAAUGUCAUCCAGACAUACCAGGCAUGUUUUCCACAUCAAGCCAUGCAACUCAAGUUUCAUGUUUCUUGUGGUCUAGUUCUAAUAUUGUUAUUAUUGUCUUGAUAUUUGUGUUCCUGGAUGCAUUUCGCGCCGAUUAUAUCUCCAGGGCAUGAACCAGGCAUCGAAACUCUUCUUGUGGUGGGACAAACGAAGUGUUUACUGGACCUCUGGAUCCACUGGUCCAUCUACAAAUGCACUAGUAGCUAGCUGCUGUCAUAGCUCUGCAAGGGCUUCCAAGGUGCACAAGCCUCUUGAUGCCAGCCACGAAUUCCUGAAGUGUUUCUGAGGAUCGAUGUUAACGAGGUUUUAAAGCAGUCCUGUACACCUCGCCCAAGGGGCAGUCAUCAUACCUCAGUUUAAGAGCUCCUACUUAUAGAAUAGUCCUUAUGGACCGGAAAUCGUAUGGUGUGCAGAAUUUUGAGGAAAUAUCCGCGCAGGGCCAAGACCCUCACUCCAAUCAUUCACUUACGCAGCUGCCUCGAACUUUCACUUAUAAACUGCCCACGAAGAUUGGCUGUCGAAGGUGCGUGGCUUGAAUUUUCGGUGGCCAAUGGUUAGUGCCUUAUACCUUGACUUCUCCAACCACACUCUUCCAGUUUGCAUCGGCUGUAGCUUCUUUAAUCAUCCAACGACACUACUCGCUUACAGCUUCUACCUGCAGUUCAUUUGCCUGUUCAAGCUGAAUUAGCUGUUGCCCUUGUCUGGCCAGUUGUUCUCGUUGUGUGAGAUACUGUUUCAAACAAUGCACUUUGCCUUCAAACUGAAUGAUGGUUUAGUCUAUUUUCUUUUUCAUUACUUGCUGAGCAGCCACUUGUUCACUUGGCAAGUCUUCUUGCGCAGCCACAAGCUCGUUUCGCAUAUCAUCUUGUGCCUUUUGCAUUUUGUCAGUUUCACUCUUCAUGGUAUUAUUCACCUCUUCUUGUCUGGUCUUUAUUUAAUUAUUUAUUACUUUUUGACAAUUAUCAAUUUUAUUCUUCGUGUCCUUCUUGUUACUCUAUGUUUAUUCCUGACUACUCCUCAGUUCCUUAAUUUCAUACUUCAGUUUCUCUUGGCGAUCCUUAAUUUCAACCAAGAAAGUCAUUAUGUACCUAUGUUCGCCGGCCGCCAUCUUCCUUGUCAACAUGAACUGACAUUUACAUCUAUUACACUUAAAACUUACUGCAGUUCCUAACACUAACUUUACUAUAAAAUAGCUAAAUUACAUUUUUUAUGAUUCUUUAAAUAUUUUAAUUUUUUUUAAAUUCUAAUCAAACAUAUCCUAAAACUAUUAAUAAGGGCUAUCCCACUUCUGACAUUAAAUAUGCGUGGGGUAAAUAGGUCCCGAAGGAUAGCCCAAUUAAAUAAAUAAUAUUUUAUAUACUAACCAAUAACUACAUUAUUUCCUAAACUGCAACAAUCUAAAUAUCUGUCCUCAAAUUAAUCACGCCUACGUAAGUCCACUUUUUACCCUUCCCACUGGAGCUCGGCUAGACAGUGGCUCUUUCUGCUGUUCGUCUCUUACUGCGCACCUCAGUCUGAAUACACUGCUUUGCACUACUCACUCAUCCGCCGCACACACAACAUCGUCGAUGCUUAAAUCCCCGAUGCUCCGAUCUUUACACACGAAGCCUGCCGCUGUCGCCCGCUAUCGCUCGCCAAGGGGUCGCUCCUCCUUUCCACUUCACUAGCCUCCUAGGUCAUCCUUCCCGUUUAUAUACCUCCAAUCCCCGCCCUGGAAAAGUCUGGCAGCCCUAUGGAGUGUCUCGUCAUCAGAAUCCUCGACUUCGACUUAACACUCGAAGCUGCGUGAACAAUGGCGUCCUAUUUACGCCACUUCACUAGCCUCCUAGGUCAUCCUUCCCGUUUAUGUACCUCCCAUCCCCGCCCUGGAAAAGUCUGGCAGCCCUAUGGAGUGUCUCGUCAUCAGAAUCCUCGACUUAACACUCGAAGCUGCGUGAACAAUGGCGUCCUAUUUACGCCACUUCACACCGACGGAUCUCUGAGAAUGUGCCGACCUUCGAGAAGGAUGGGGAGAGAGAGAGAUGUGCCGCUGCUAAUAGAGGGACGAACGCUACCUGCAUCACGCCCCUCCAUCAGGCUGGCACACGGGCUGGCUGCGAGCUUCGUCGCUAGCGCCUUCUGAGAAUUUGAUCUUUCAAUUUAUGUGUACAGCUGUAUUGUGAGUGAAAAUGCGUGCUUUAAUGAAGGUAUUGUAACCUUUAUCUUAACCUCUUGAAUUCUGUCUAACAUGAGAUGUUAAGUGUUCUUGUAAAGUAAAUUUGCUGGAUAACUUUAGCUUUCAGAGUAAGAGACGAAACUUAUAUCUUCGAAAAAAAAUGAAUUUUAGGGAUUGUUUUAAUCUGUAAUAUCACUUCGACUAUGUGUAAACGAAUGUUUCCGUGUCUUUUAUUCUGCUAGUAAUUUUAUUUAACUAUGUGAAUUGUUUCAACAAUAUGGAUUUUUUAAACAUACAUAAUAAUAGAAUAGCUAAAAUAUGUACAAUUAAGAUAAAAAUAAAAAAAACACU